ACAAUCUGUUAGGUCUUUUUGCGCCUGGGAAGAUUUGCCAUCCUCAAUGUCACUCUGUCUUCUCAAUUCACUAACGCUUGAUUCCCAUUGCGAGCAGGGAGGCCACAGGUCCCUAUUAUUGCGAUGAUUGCUAUGAUUUAGAGAAGGAGCUCUCCACUUUAUUCAUCCAAUCUACUGGUAUUUUUUUUGUUUAUUCGGACCUAAUAUUUUCUCUCUCUCUUGGCCGGCCCUAUUUCUUUAUCUCCUGAAUUCGACCCUGACAAUUGUUCUCUUUGCUUUUACCCAUUUGAUUGAAUUUGCUAAUACUCCCUGUAUCUUUCUUUUUUCUCCUCAUUUAGGUUUUCUGUAUUCCUUUUUUCCCUCAUUUUUUUUUUUUUUUUGAGUCCCCAGCCCAUUGCCCCCCUCCCCUUUCCCGAGGCAAUUUCGCCUACCAUGCUUCGAGCCCGGCGAUAUCGGGUUCUUCUAAUCUUUGCGGCCGUAUUUGUCUUGACCUUCGUUCAUUUUAGUCGAUCUCGUGAACCCCCUACAGUGACAUUGGGUGCCCCUCCGCCUGUCGAUCAUCCGGGGUCGUCAUACCCCCAAAAUCCACCUGCCGCAGAUUACAAGGAACCUGCACCUGCUACACCAGAACUUCCUCUGGAGACCCCUCUCCCAAAUGGUCCAACCGAUCCUAGUACAUCCGAUGAGAAGGCUCCAUCACAGCUUCCCGAUUCCGACAAUUUAUCAGCCCCCGAACACCCUAGACAAUCGAACGAACCGCAGUCAAAGGAAAAUGGACCAAACGUGGACCAUAUUGGGGAAAUACCGGUGGCUCAUUGGAAGAAGCUACCAGAGCGAUACCCUGUCGCAGCUGCGGACUUAAUCAAACUACCAAGCGGCAAAUCGAAGUCUCUUCCUAAACUACAGGCUAAAUUCUCCGACGAAGCGUCCGAAGAUAAGAUAAAACGGUUAAACAGACUGUCCACCAUCAAGGCCGCGUUUGAACAUGCGUGGAAUGGGUACAAGGCAUCUGCGAUGGGUCACGAUGAGGUCUUGCCGCUUCGCGGUGGAGCUCGUGAUCCCUUUAACGGUUGGGGGGCAACGCUCGUUGACACCUUGGACACUCUUUGGAUCAUGGGCUUGGAGGAGGAAUUCUCAAUUGCUGUAGAUCAGGUGAAAAAGAUUGAUUUCACGACCAGUAAGAAGAGCGAGAUCCCUGUGUUCGAAACGGUGAUUCGAUACCUCGGUGGGCUGCUGGGUGCCUACGAUAUCUCAGGACAUAAGUAUAAUUUGCUUCUUGAAAAAGCGGUUGAGCUGGCAGAAGUCUUAAUAGCUGCCUUUGAUACGCCCAACCGGAUGCCGAUGCUUUAUUACAAGUGGAAGCCGGAUGAAUCAUCCAAACCUCGCCAUGCUAGUCCGAUGUCCGUCCUUGCUGAACUAGGCUCGCUUUCUCUGGAAUUCACGCGCUUGGCACAACUAACCAGGAACGAUAAGUAUUAUGACGCAAUCGCACGGAUCACGAACGAGUUGGAGAAGCUCCAAAGUCAAACCAGCCUUCCCGGCCUAUGGCCGAUGAAAAUAGAUGCUUCUGGGUGCACCGUUCCUGAACCCCGGUCUGGCCACGAGGUUCCGCGUGGUGUACCGUUGAACACCUCAACUCCAGCGAGUAGCCCGACACCUAUUGAGAGCGCUAUGACCAUGCCAACGGACGCCGAAAGUUAUAAGAAACUCUUAGCUUCACGCCAGCUUCAUGAGGACGCACAACCGGCCAUUUAUGACACAACUCCAGAGGCCUCAAAUCUCAAGUCGCAUGAAAUCCCAACAUCAACUGUAGAAACCACCGAGUACUGCAAAGGAGGUCUUACCAAUCCCUCGGGAUCUCUCCAAUUUGGACUCGCGGCUCCCGGGGAUUCAACGUACGAGUACCUACCCAAGGAGUACAUGCUUCUAGGUGGUCUCAACGAACAAUAUCGUACAAUGUAUGAAAGAACCGCGGACGCGGCGCGAAAGCAUCUCCUCUUCCAACCCAUGAUCAAGGAUGACCGUGACGUCCGAUUCUUGGCUACCGCCAUCAAACCACGACCUGACGCCGAGAUAACUUAUGCGUAUGAGGGGGCGCAUCUAACCUGCUUCGCCGGCGGCAUGUUUGCCGUUGGGUCUAAGUUAUUUGGAAUUGACAGUGAUCUUGACAUUGCCGCCAAAUUAACCGAUGGAUGUGUGUGGGCAUAUGAGUCCACCAAGACUGGUAUCAUGCCCGAAAAAUUUAUGAUGCUACCCUGCAAAGCAGACGUACCAUGUGUGUGGAACGAGACCGAGUAUUGGAGGGCUUUAGAUCCUCAUGAGGAACAACGCAUUGCUCGAGGCAAGCAGCAGAGAGAGCAAAAGGAGCCUAGCGCAAAGAUGGAGGGGAAGAAGGAUGAAGUGAGAGGAAGCCAAGGUAACGCCACCUCUUCCGCUCUGAGAAACCCUCGCAACAAGCGUGAUCCCGAGCGAGGCAACUGGCACGUCAUCGCCAGCCCAAGCCAAACACCAAAGCCCAGUGAUACUGCCGACGUAGAAGGGCGGGACUCCACACAAUCUUCGAAAUCUUCGACGCUGUCUCACGAGGAAUUUGUUCUGUCGCGGAUCGAGCACGAGCACCUUCCACCCGGCGUGGUCCGUGUUAACUCUCGCAUCUAUCUCCUCCGACCCGAGGCCAUCGAGUCCGUCUUCAUCAUGUACCGCCUCACUGGCAAAGAAUACUGGCGGGAGAAAGGUUGGAAGAUGUUUGAAGCCAUCUCCAAGUAUACCCGCACGGAGAUAGCGCACUCCGCAAUCAAGGACGUCACAGUCGAAAACCCCCAAAUCUCUGAUGAGAUGCAGUCAUUCUGGCUCGCGGAGACGUUGAAGUACUUCUAUUUACUCUUCAGUGAACCGAACGUGGUGGAUCUAGACGAAUACGUUCUAAACACCGAGGCUCACCCUUUCAAACGUCCCGUAUAUUAAUGUUCGUUUCUUGUCUGCUUAAAAUUUCUUUUUUUUCCGUGUAA